AUGUCGGCAUCUGAAUCCAUCUCCCCGUUUACCCUUUCCAUUGAGCAGGCUGUUCUCGACGAUCUACAGCUACGACUUUGGCUGACCCGCUGGCCGGACAAAGAGACAGUCAUGGAUUGGUCUCAGGGCGUGCCGCUCGCAGCGAUACAAGAGCUUUGCGAGUACUGGCAGACACGAUACAAUUGGCGAAGAUGUGAAGAGCUACUCAACUCCUUUCCCCAAUUCACGACCACCAUUGACGGUGUGGAGGUCUACUUCCUGCACUUCCGAUCCAAGCAUGGAGACGCUCUUCCCAUGGUACUUACACAUGGCUGGCCAGGGUCGAUACUGGAAUUCAGACAUGUCAUCGACAGACUCAUCGACCCGGAAGCUGACGGUGGCACUCCUAGAGAUGCCUUUCAUCUCGUCAUCCCAGCACUGCCGGGCUACGCCUUCUCCAGCAAACCCACAGAGACAGGCUGGAACUACCAACUCACCGCACGAGCCUGGGCUGUCUUUAUGGACCGCCUAGGCUACACAGACAGCGGCUGGGUCGCUCAAGGCGGCGACUGGGGCGCCCACGUCACCGUCAGCCUAGGCCACCAAGCACCCAAGGGGUUGAAAGCAGUCCAUAUGAACUCCGUCUACUUCGAGCCACAGAAGGAAAUCCAAAUACCAGCUAAAGACAAAGCUGGCGAGGGACGAGCCAUGGAUCUAGACCAUCUUCGAGACACUACUGGCUACCGCGGCUACUCCCUCCAACAGUCUAUCCGUCCCCAAACUCUCGACUACGCACUCGCAGACUCUCCCGUCGCGCAAGCGGCCUGGAUCUACGAGAAAUUCCGUGACUGGUCUCAUCACAAUGGCGACGUCGGGACCAUCUUUAGCAAAGACGAAAUGCUUGAUACGAUUAUGCUAUACUGGCUCUCCAACUCCGGGACUUCGUCGGCGCGGUAUGAUUGGGAGAAUAAACCCGACACAACUGCGUGGGCGAUCGGAGCGGAUAUAGCGGUGGGCGUGAGUUGGUUUCAGGGUGAUACAGCUUAUGCGCCGAGGGAGUGGUGUGAGCGGCAUUGGGACAAGAUUGUUAUUCGGAAUGAGGUGGGGAAGGGUGGGCGUUUUGCUGCCUGGGAGCAGCCGGAGAAGUUUGUUAGGGAGGUGAGGGAGUGGAGGAGGAAUGUUGGGGGUUAG